AUGAAUCCAAAAGCGCGAUCAAACAUUAUGAGCAAUGGUGACGGAUCUCUCUCAAAGCGAGAUGGCAGGAAGAAGGGCAGGAUAACUACGGAGCCAGAGAGCUCAAGAAUGAGCGACGAGCGCAUUGAACACGAGCGUACGGUUUGGGUGCAGCAGCGGCAGGCGGAACUCGAGGGCGUGUUUGACACUCACGACACUCUUGUUCGGGAAGCCUUCCAUCUGGAGAAGUUUGUAACGUUGCUAUCAUAUGACCCCAAGGUCGCAAAGUCUGAUACGUCGACUGUGUUCCAAGAGUACCACGCGCGUUUCGAUCUCGUGAAUAACGCUUCCACCGCUGGACCUUCUCGACAAACACGCCGAGCACAUACCGAGAGGUUACACAUUCUCAAGGGUUCAUCGGACAACCUAUCGGUAGCUUCACCGAAGGCUAAGCGAGGCAAGAAGGCCGACUCUCAAGUGGAUAUAUCGACGUCUUCUAUGUCAAUCUCUGCUAUAACGACAAGCCAAAGUAUACCCUCUACACUGCGGAAGAAGGCAGGACCGCAACCAGAGACUGUGAAUGGCCCUCUGAUAGUUUCGCCAGAGGCCAAAGGUUUUAGGGUAUUGGCUGGGCGAGGAAAGCGAGUUACUGGUCUCCCCAUGACCGUUCCAUCCAACGCCGCAGAUAAAGGCAAACAUAUUGCCUUUUCUGACGUUGCACCGAGCCUUGGGAUGAAUCGCAAAGGCAAAGGCAGGCUGCAACAAGAAGAGGUAGUACACGUUCCCUCGACGUUAAACAUUAGUCGAAAGGGCAAGACCAAGAUACAGCGUGAAGAUGUGACGUCUGAUACGCAUUCGCCAUUACGUCGGCAGAAGAAACGUAUGGGUGAAGAUAUUGCAGUCUCUUGUGCGCAUCCGCCUCCGCCUCCAAAAAAGCGGCGAGUGGCUGCAGUAAGUUCAGAUCUUUCAUCAGGAACCUUCCCUCCAUCCCAGGCGCAACCGUCUAAUUCCAUUUCCGCCGUACUUACUGGGCGUACACCGGCGCGAAAACGGAUGUCAUUGAACCUCGAUGGAUUUGCGACCCCGCGAGCGCACGGUCUUACAACGGACUUGUCUCCACACAAAUCGGCCCUCAAACGCAUAAAGUUGAUUGUCCGCGCCCCCGAGCCUGUGUACACAAAUCCCCGUCAGAAGCCACCGCCUCCGCGGCAUGGCCAAUCGUUAACAUCAUUGCUGUCAUCGUACACGAUAUUGAGCGACCAGGAUGUCGACGAGGCGGGCAUAAAGCAGCUUGUGAAAAAAGAUGCUGCGCUAUGGGAUCGCGUGGACACGUUGCGCAGGCAAGGUCGCUUUUUUCCUGGACGUAUAUAUGCGGGCGAAGAUAUGUUGCUUGUCUCAGGCAACCAUGAUGCAUCGGCCGGACAACCAAGUCGAGAUGUCUGGGCUCAUGUUGUAGAUGCGGUGAAGGCGCGAGCACAACAUCGCUCUAUAAAUGGUCGCCAGGUGGCGGCGCAGGUUGCAAGUAGGGUACGCGCGUAUUGGGAUACCCGUGCGCUGAAGGAGGACAAGGUAAAGCUACAGGAAGAGAAGCGCCUGCGAGCUUUGGCAAAGGCAACAGUGAGGAUGGUUGUUGCGGAGUGGAAGAAAGCUGUCCAUGCGAGUAUUGCUCUUGCUAUCAUGCAUAUCCGAGAGGAAGAGCGACUGAAGCGCGAAGAAGAAGAGCGGAGGCGCGGACAUGAGCAUUUGGAUGCCAUCCUUGAUCAGUCCGGUCAAAUUCUGGAAGCACAGCAGCUCGACCUGAGUAAAGCUGCACCUCGUGCUCGUAGCAGGUCUAGCGACAUCCCAGCUACUCUCAAGCAUUCAGCUCCAGUCUCCUCCGAUCCAGAUGAAGAUGACGAUGACGAUUUAUCUGGACAGGAUGACGAUGGAAGCGCUAUCUACUCUCAACACGCGAGAAGCAGCUCCGAGUCUCAAGAUGAUGACGCUGGCGUCGAUUCGAGCUUUCUGUUGGGCAAUGUGGUCGCUCAAAGCCCUCGUCGCUGGUCGAGGUCGAGAUCGCUGACGGAUGUCUCCAAUCACAGCUCAUCUGUUUCCCACUUCCAGGAUGCUGCAGAUAAUCUCGACAUGGAGAAUGAUGUUUCACAAGCGGACAUUGAUCAACUAGAGUAUCCUUCGAGUCCAUCGACUUAUUCCGAGCAACAAUCAUUCAUGAAGCUUUAUUCGCCAACAGUCGCAUCCCGUAAUCCUUCCGAAAACGCGAUGCAAGAUAUUAUUGCCGAUACCUCUGGCUUAAUGCCUACGUCUAGGAGUUCGAUCAAUCUCGAUCCUAUACGAAACAGCUCUUCCGCGUAUCGAUUGAUGUCGAGUGGGACACCUGAAGAGAUGCUUACCGACAAUUUCCUAGAGUUAGAAUACCCGGAAUCCCCCAGGCUGUCUCUAGCGGUUUCGGAGGCUGUUUCAGAGCGAGAGUAUGAGCCACAGCGCGCGAUCGCUGCAGAGCCUAUUACGUCUGUUCUAUUCCCUAGCGUGGUCGAAGAGAACACAUCUAGUGCAGAAGUCAAAGAUUCGUUAGAUGAGGACCAGUAUGAUCAAGUAUCCGGUCCUCAGGGAGAUCUGCAGGAAGAUGACGUGGAAGAGAAUGUUUCAAUACCUCCAUAUCUUCGCCCUUAUGCCGUUGCACCCGUGGAAUGGGAUCCUCAAUCCGCAAUGCAGCCGCCAUUUCUUUUACGCGGGAGCCUCAGGCCUUAUCAGAAUGCUGGGCUUGAGUGGUUGGCCAGUUUACAUGCGAAUAAUCUCAAUGGCAUUCUGGCCGAUGAGAUGGGCCUUGGAAAAACGAUACAGACAAUUGCUCUACUUGCCCACCUCGCUUGUGAUCGUGGUAUCUGGGGUCCGCAUCUCAUCAUCGUUCCUACGAGUGUGCUGUUGAACUGGGAGAUGGAGUUCAAGAAGUUCUUGCCAGGUUUCAAGGUCUUGAGCUAUCAUGGAACCACGAAGCGUCGGAAGGAGCUGCGACAGGGUUGGAACAACAAGUAUCAUUUUAACGUGUGUGUCACGUCAUACACACUCGCUAGCCGAGAUGCCCAUGUCUUCAAACGGAAACCAUGGUAUUACAUGAUUCUGGAUGAGGCGCAUAUGAUCAAGAAUUUUAAGUCCCAGCGGUGGAACAUCCUUCUCAUGUUUCGCUCGUUUCGUCGUCUGCUCCUGACCGGGACCCCCCUUCAGAACAAUCUUACCGAACUUUGGGCAUUAUUACAGUUCCUCAUGUCGGGUACCAACUUUGCCAAUCUGAAGGAGUUUGGAGAAUGGUUCUCAAACCCUCUUGAGAAAGCGAUCGAAAUGGGCACCAUGGACGACGAGACGCAACAAAGGGUCACGAAGCUACACACUGUCCUCCGGCCCUAUCUUCUGCGCCGAUUGAAAAGAGAUGUAGAAAAAGAGCUUCCGCAGAAGUAUGAGCACCUCGUCAUGUGUGCUCUGUCAAAGCGACAGCGUUUUCUGUACGAUGAAUUCAUGGCUCGCGCGGAAACUAGACAUGACUUGCAAUCAGGCGUCUACCAGAAGAUCGCAAACAUUCUCAUGCAAUUGCGCAAGGUGGUCAAUCAUCCAGACCUAUUCGAAGUUCGUCCUAUUGUAACGUCCUUCGCAAUGGAUCGUUCGGCCAUUGCGGAUUACGAAAUUAAGGAACUUCUGAUUCGACGGCGUCUGCUACACUCUAGUGAUGAGGAUAGUCUGGAUCUCGACGUCUUGGGUUUACAGUUUGUGCACUGGCAGAAUACGUCUCGUAUUGCUGCCUCUGAGAUCAUUCGCCUGGAUGGUACAGCACACCUCCCAAUGAUAACCGAGCUACCUGGGGAGCCACCUCCGUACGACACUCGCAGCGUUGAGGGCUACAAACGCUAUCGGCAGUGGCAGCUGCGAGCGGCGCGCAUUGCAAGAUGGGCUCAAAUAGGCUAUCUGAACAGGUUGCGCUGUGCACGUUUUCCUGUGUAUAGUCGGGAGACGAUUGCUGUCGCGCAGCGUCUUUAUGUGCCCCUUAUACCAUUAGCAAACCUUUCCUUGCAAUCUUGGAACACCGUGACAAGGGUUCAUUCUGCAAUCAAGUCCUACUCCUCGAGAGCUGAAGACAUUGCCGACCUUGUCGACCGUUUUGCAUUCGUUACACCCAAUGUUGUCGCUCGGGACAUGCCCGAAAUUGCAUUAGCGGGAGUGCCGGCAGCUAUACUUCAAUUACUUAGCGAAACCGGUUCCGAUGUACUAUUGCAUCGUGUCAGCGUGAAGCUUCAGAUUGCUUUUCCGGAUCCUUCCUUGCUACAAUUUGACUGUGGCAAGCUUCAGGAGCUUUCACGGUUAUUGCGGGAACGCAAGGCUGGAGGACAUCGUAUAUUGAUCUUCACACAAAUGACUAGAAUCCUUGAUAUUUUGGAAAUAUUCCUAAACUUCCAUGGAUAUCUAUACCUACGCUUGGACGGCGCAACCAAAAUCGAAGAUAGACAGUACAUUACGGAGCGUUUCAAUUCCGAUCCCAGAGUAUUCUGUUUUAUCUCAUCUUCACGGUCAGGUGGUGUCGGUAUAAAUCUCACAGGAGCGGAUACUGUCAUAUUUUAUGACAGUGAUUUCAAUCCACAGAUGGAUCGACAGUGCGAGGAUAGGGCGCAUCGCAUUGGACAAAUACGCGACGUGCAUAUUUAUCGUUUUAUCUCACGACACACGGUGGAAGAGGCAUUGUUGCGAAAAGCAAAUCAGAAACGAUCGUUGGACGAUAUCGUCAUUCAGAAAGGCGAAUUUGAUUGGCGAUCGCUGUUCUCCGACGAGUCUGCGCUGACAAAAGCGUUGGGUGAAUAUGAAGAUGCAGAGGACGCCCAUGCGGCUGCCGUUGCUGCCAGUGAAGAAGUUGCUAUGGUCGGUGCAGAUGAAGCUGACUUCAGCUUAGAGGGCAGUGGAGGACGAACACACAAUAUUGAGUCGAAAUCCGCCGCACAACUUCCACAAUCCCCAGGAGCCGACGUAGCUCCAGAUGAGAUAGAUGAGCCACAAGCGUUGGACGACGAGGAUGAUGAGGCCGAGGAAGGGGGAACAACCGUCGAUUAUAUGCUGGCGGUCGUGCGGUCCGACAUGGAUUUCUUCGCCGAUUGGCGCAUUUGA